UGAGCAUAGAGAAACAGAGUAACCUUAUCGAGUGAAGAUUGGGUAGUAGUAGUAAGCAAAAAUGGCGUCGAUUGCAGCAUCUUCUACCUUUCACUCGCUUUCAACAGCCAAAAGCCCUAACCUUUCUUCGACCCAUCUAUCGAAAAACCUCACCUUUCGAACCAGACCCAUCGAGAACAGCAGAGUUUGCAGCUUUUCUGCGUUUACGAAACAGAGUCGCCUUGGGUUGAGGAAGCUUUCGUGCCUUGGAGAAGGAGGAGGAGAAGGCGUUGCGAUUGCAGAUGAAGAGCAACAACAACAACAACAACAGCAAGAGACUGUCUCUGUUCCUGUCUCUCCUUCAGACAUGCUCACCAUGUUCUUUCAGGCUGAUGGAACUUUGAACGAAGCAGCUAUUCCUAAUGUCACAAAGGCCUUACAGGACAUCGAUGGAGUUUCCAACUUAAAGGUUCAAGUUUCUGAAGGUGUUGCCGUUGUUGAGCUUUCAAAGCAAACAACGGUUCAAGCAACAGGAGUGGCGUCAAGCUUGGUAGAGACUAUACAAGGAGCUGGCUUUAAGUUACAAACUUUGAAUCUGAGCUUUGAAGACGAAGACGAGGUUCUUGUCUAAUAAUUGAAUCAUGUUUCUCCUGCUCCGUUUUGUGAUUAAACAAACACAUUAAUGUUCAAUAUUUUAGGAUUACUUUCUUUUAUUUGUUCCUCGCAAGAAGACAACGUAGUAGAUUACAAAAAGUGGGAAUUUAAUA